UAUACCUUAAUAUCACUACACAGUAAUGUAUUAAACUAAUUUCAUUGUAGAUCAGUGACAUUUAUAUUCUGUGAUAGAUGCCUAACCUAUUUCAUGAAUAAAGUUUGUAAACGAAAUAAAAAUGGGGGAUCAAGCAAAUAAUAUGCCUCCUCCUAUGAAUCAAAUGAUGAUACCCCCUUUUGGGCCGCCUGGUACUCAGGGUUGGACUGGGGACGAUUUUGAACGACCACCUCCAAUGGGUCCUCCGCCAAUGGGUCCACCACCUAUGGGACCACCUCCUGUAGGAGACAAACAACUUCCUUCUUUACUUAGUCUCAAAGUAGAUCCUCCAGAGCAGCUUUCGGAACAAACCGGAGAAGUUGUAUUACCACAAGUACUUGAAGAAGUUUUGGCUCUAAAGAGUCAGAGAGCAAUGGAGUUAGGAACAGACGAUUCAGGAUCUGGAGCCCCUACUUUGGGAGAUCCUGCCCAAGUAGAAACUUCUAAGUCUGCUCCUGUAGAAAUUGAAACAGUUUGGGACAAAGAAGAUGUUAUUGAAGAGAAUAAUGAAAAAAGCGAUUCAAAGUCGAACAAAGAGAAUAAAACCAAUAAAAACAAAAAGAAAAAAAAGAAGAAGAGGAAAACCAAGACACAAACAAUAGAAAAGGAUAAAAAACUAGAAAAUGGUGACAAAACUGUUGAGGAGUUGACUGACCAGAAUGAAGAAGUCGAGGUUGAGUAUGUUCAAGAAACAAUAGGUUUACACGAACUAGCACCACAAUAUCGCCAGUUUUAUCAUAUCUUAGAAUCUUUCAAAAUAAGUGAACAGAAGUCUGAUCUUCCACCCCCGACUCUGGCAACUCCUACAUUCUUAUCUAGUAAAGCAGGACUCAUAACACCCAGUGAUCAGUUUCAAGAAGAUGGAGAAGACGGAGAUGAUAAAAAACCUGAGGAUAAGUCCAAGCUAUCCAAACGUAAGUUGAAAAAGAUGACUCGUCUUAGUGUCGCUGAGCUAAAACAAUUGGUUAAUAGACCAGACGUUGUUGAAAUGCAUGAUGUUACUGCAAGGGAUCCAAAAUUGCUUGUUCAGUUGAAAGCUCAUCGGAAUACAGUACAGGUUCCUCGUCAUUGGUGUUUCAAACGAAAAUAUUUACAAGGAAAAAGGGGUAUAGAAAAACCUCCAUUCAAUUUACCAGAUUUCAUUAAACGUACAGGUAUUAUGGAAAUGAGAGCAUCGCUUCAAGAUAAAGAUGAAUCGAAAACAUUGAAAGCUAAAAUGAGGGAAAGAGCAAGACCAAAGUUGGGAAAAAUUGAUAUCGAUUACCAAAAGUUACACGAUGCCUUCUUCAAAUGGCAAACAAAACCUAAAAUGACUAUUCAUGGGGAUCUUUACUAUGAAGGUAAAGAAUUUGAGACUAGGUUGAAAGAGAAAAAGCCAGGAGACUUGUCCGAAGAACUUAGGACAGCUCUCGGUAUGCCGGUUGGACCUAAUGCUAACAAAGUUCCUCCCCCAUGGCUCAUUGCCAUGCAGCGUUAUGGCCCCCCUCCUAGUUAUCCUAACUUGAAAAUUCCUGGUCUUAAUGCCCCCAUACCAGAUGGAUGUUCAUUCGGUUACCAUGCCGGUGGUUGGGGUAAACCUCCAGUUGAUGAAAACGGUAAACCUUUAUAUGGUGAUGUGUUCGGUACAAAUGCAAGCCACAUCGAUGAUAUUGGAGAUGAUCCUACCGUUGAUAGGACGUUGUGGGGUGAAUUGGAAUCUGAAUCUGAAGAAGAGAGUGAAGAAGAAGAGGAGGAGGAAGAAAAGGACACUAUACCAGAUGAAUCUGGCCUGGUUACUCCAGCCGAAGGUUUGGUUACGCCAAGUGGUCUUACCAGCAUUCCUGCGGGUAUGGAGACGCCGGAAGCUAUAGAACUUAGGAAAAAGAAGAUUGAAAACGAAAUGGAUGGAUCGGAAACUCCAGUUCUGUAUCACAUCAUUCCAGAAAAACGUAAUGAACGCAUAGGUAACUCUAUGAUGGCUAGCACACAUGUCUAUGAUAUGGCCGCAGUUGCACAACCUGCUCAGGGAGGCGGUAGACGUACAGAUAAAGAAGGAAUGGUGGAGUUGGCUCUUGAUCCUUCGGAGUUAGACUUAGAUAGUGAUGCUAUGGCUGUACGUUAUGAACAACAAAUGAGAGAAAACCAGUCCCAGCUGCAGAAAGAAGAUCUCAGCGAUAUGUUGGCUGAGCAUGUGGCUAAACAAAAGAAUAAACGUAAGAGACAACAGCAACAGGACACAAAACAAACGAAGAAGUAUAAGGAAUUCAAAUUUUAAUAUUUAUGGUGUUUUUCUAUUAGGAUAUUUAAGAACCCUUACUAUGUAAUAUAGUGAUUAAAUAAGUUUUACAAUUAUUCAAAAGAACAAUUAUUUUUCAAUGUACAAAAUGGAAUUUUCUUGUAAUAGAAAUAUAGCUUACAGAACCA